CCAGGAGCGCUGUGACCAACUCUCCACGCCUGGUGCCGGUUCGGAGCUGCAGAAGUUAGUGGGAGUUAGAACUCCCUGGAGCCGCGGUUCGAGGUCCCCUACCCUUUGGAGAAGGACGCGCCCGACCAAGCACAGCCCACGCGGCAGCAGCAAACAGUUUGGCGUGGCCGGGGCGUGGCCGAAGGGGCGGGCCACGCCCUCUUUCCCAGUUCCCCUCCACUUCCCGCUCCCAUUGGUCACCAGGAUGGCCAAUGAUCGCUCGGAUCGAGGUCCUACCCUGGGUCUGACUCGAAAGCUCCUGCCAAAACUUUGGGAGUUUUUAGAGAGGAGUUUUUUUUUUUCUUCUUAUUACUUUUUUUUUUCUUUUUAAACUAACGGACUAUUAUUGUUUUAAAUUUAUCUGUUAAGGCUUAGCUGUUUGAGUGUUUCUUUCGGUGCCCGGCUCCUGUCUCCCCGGCUUCCCUGGCGUUUGUGGAGCCGCGGCCCCCGCCCGCCUAGCCGCUCCAGCACCCCUCGCUCGCCUACAGCCCGCGGGGAGCGCGGGCGCCGCGCCGCCUUUAAAGUGAGACCAGGGGCCGAGGCCGUGAGCGGCCGGGAUCCGGCCCUCGCCUCCUCCCUCGGUGGCGUUAGGGCUCCCUGGCCUCCCUUCAGUUCGGACGGAGAAGAGUAAGCGGAUCAUCCCCGGCUGGGCUGCCGCCUCCUCCUGGACUUAGCGCGCCCCUCCCCGCGCACCUACCCACCCACCCGGCCCGGCCAGGCCGCGGCGGCAGCUCCGUGCACCCCGCCAGAAUGUUCGCCGCCGGGCUGGCUCCCUUCUACGCGUCCAACUUCAGCCUCUGGUCGGCCGCCUACUGUUCCUCCGCCGGCCCGGGCGGCUGCUCCUUCCCCCUGGACCCCGCCGCCGUCAAGAAACCCUCCUUCUGCAUCGCGGACAUCCUGCACGCCGGCGUUGGGGAGACGGGGGCGGCUCCGGAGGGUCUGGCGGGGGCCUCGGCCGCUGCCCUCACCGCGCACUUGGGAUCGGCUCACCCGCACGCCUCUUUUCAAGCUGCCGCCAGAUCCCCGCUUCGACCCACCCCAGUGGUGGCGCCCUCCGAAGUCCCGGCUGGCUUCCCUCCGCGGCUGUCCCCGCUCUCAGCCGCCUACCACCACCAUCACCCACAACAGCCACCGCAGCAGCAGCAACCGCAGCAGCAACAGCCUCCGCCUCCACCCCGGGCUGGAGGCUUGCAGCCCCCGGCCUCCGGGUCGCGGCUGGUCCCGAAUCCCCACCAUAGCGCUUCCGCCCCGGCCCCCUCCAGCAAGGACCUCAAAUUUGGAAUUGACCGCAUUUUGUCUGCAGAAUUUGACCCAAAAGUCAAGGAAGGCAACACACUGAGAGAUCUCACGUCGCUGCUAACCGGCGGGCGGCCCGCGGGGAUGCACCUCCCCGCUCUGCAGCCCUCCACCGGCCAGUUCUUCGCGUCUCUAGAUCCCAUUAACGAGGCUUCUGCCAUCCUGAGUCCCCUAAGCUCGAACCCGAGAAAUUCAGUUCAGCAUCAGUUUCAAGACACCUUUCCAGGUCCCUACGCUGUGCUCACGAAGGACACCAUGCCGCAGACGUACAAGAGAAAGCGCUCGUGGUCGCGGGCGGUCUUCUCCAACCUGCAGAGGAAGGGUCUGGAGAAAAGGUUUGAGAUUCAGAAGUACGUGACCAAGCCAGACCGAAAGCAGCUGGCCGCGAUGCUGGGUCUCACCGACGCCCAGGUGAAGGUGUGGUUCCAGAACCGGCGGAUGAAGUGGCGACACUCCAAGGAGGCCCAGGCCCAGAAGGACAAAGACAAGGAGGCUGGCGAGAAACCGUCGGGCGGAGUCCCGGCUGGCGACGGCGAGCAGGAGGAGCGGAGCCCCAGCCGCUCGGAGGGCGAGGCUGAGAGCGAGAGUAGCGACUCCGAGUCUCUGGACAUGGCCCCCAGCGACACGGAGCGGACUGAAGGGGCCGAGCGGUCUCUGCACCAAACGACGGUCAUCAAGGCCUCGGCCGCCGGCGCCCUCCUCACCGCCAGCAGCGGAGGCAGUGCGGGGAGCGGCGGCGGCGGCGGCGGCGGUUUUAACUUCGGCGUCCUCAGUAGCGGCAGCACCGGCGGCGCCGGGAGCUCCGGCGGCAGCGGCGGCGGCGCCUCGGAGCUGCUCCCUGCGCCCCAGCCAGCCCUUGGCAGCGCCCCCAAAAGCCCCGAGCCCGCCCCGGCGCCGCUCGGCGGCCUGUAGACUGGACGAGGUUGGAGGAGACGCGGGGCCCUUCGUGCAGGCUCCCAGCCUUCCAAUGUGGGCUGGAUUCUGUGCCUACUUUCCAGUGGCGGCGGGGCCAGGGCCGGAGACUCAGCGGCGGAGUCCCAGCUCGCGCAUCGCUGCCCCGACCGGUGCAGCCCACCCCGCCCAGAGCCGAGGGGAAUCGGAGUGCCUCUCGCCAGGCUCCCAGCGCCGGCGGAACACUUCUGCCUGGAUACAAGCAGCUCGCCCUGUGAAGCGUUGGACUAAACAGUCCUCCCCGCAUUAGGGGUCGUGGCGGAAAGACGCGAUGCACUUAGGAUGCC